AGGAUGUGUGACACCGGGCCCACGCCUCCUCACACAUUCCUGACACGGCUGGUGCUGGUAAAUAACUCAGCGUUUAGGCUCACCUUUAGCCCGUCAAAGUCCCAGCAGGGCGAGGGAGUGGCGAGAGGAGGGAGACGGGGCAGAUAACAGCCCGGUGGGACCGCUGGGCUCCUCCUUUGGACGGACGCACAGCAGAGACAAGCAGACAUGGCUGGCUACAGGCCAAAGGUGAUUUCUCUGACCAAGGCGCCGGGACAGUCGUUCGGCUUCUACCUGAGGGUGGAGCAUGGCGAGGAGGGCCACCUGAUCCGCUGCCUGGAGCUGGGAGGUCCAGCGGAACUCGCCGGCAUGAAGGAUGGAGAUCGCAUCCUGCAGGUCAACGGGACCUUCGUGGACGCUCUGUCCCACGCAGUGGUGGUGGAUUUAGUGAGAAGCAGUGGUGCCACCGUCACAUUCCACGUCCUGGAUGAAGCCUCAUACAAGCAGGCGAAAGAAAAGGGGGUGAACCUGUCCAGCUGUCAGAGCACACCUGUCGCCAACGGAGUCACCAAACCGGCUUCAAAGGCCAAACUCUGCUACGUGGUCAAGACCGGCUCCAGCCAUGGCUUCUCUAUUCGCUCAGUGAGAGGUGAGCAGGGUUUGUUCAUGACAGAUGUGGUCCCAGGAGGUGCUGCAGACAAUGCAGGGAUCAAAGUCAACGACCGCCUGGUGGAAGUCAACGGGGAGAACGUAGAAGACCUGACACACGACCAAGUAGUGGAUAAGAUCAAGCUGGCGGGCAGCAGCAUUAUGUUCCUGCUGGUGGACGAGGAAACGGAAAGGUUCAAGCACAUGAAGAUAGGAACGUGGCUGGCCACCGUGGCGCACCUGCCUCACAAGCCCCGAAUCAUCAACAUGAGCAAAGGACCGGAUGGAUUCGGCUUCCUGCUCAGAGAGGAGCCCCGGCGAAAAGGACACUUUAUCAAGGACGUAGACAGAGGCAGCCCAGCAGAGCGAGCAGGUCUGAAGGAAAUGGACAGGCUGGUGGCAGUGGAUGGCAAAGACGUGGAAAACUGUAGUCAUGAACAAGUGGUGGAAAGGUUCCGGCAGAGCGGCGCCCAGUGCCGCCUCCUGGUGGUCGACAAGGACACAGAUGAAAUGUAUAAAAUGGGGGGCGUGUCUCCAAUGCUCUACUGGGAUGAGAUGAAGGGGUCAAACUCGCCACCCAGCUACACCGAGGCCCUCAGUCUACCUGCACCGGCCCAGCCGAGGACGCCUGUUCCAGAGAGGAGAGAGGAGCUCAAGCCUAAACUGUGCAAAAUGGAGAAGACCUCAGCUGGGUACGGCUUCCACCUCAACGGCAUCCAGGGUUUGUGCGGCCAGUACAUCAAGGAGGUGGUGAAGGGCGGAGCGGCUGACAGCGCCGGUCUGGAAGACGACGACAUCGUGGUGGAGGUGAACGGGGUGAACGUGGAGAAGAGCAGCCACGAGGAGGUGGUGGCAAUGAUUCGCAGCAGCGGCAGCUCUCUGGAGAUGCUGGUGGCCAAGAGGAGCGUCUACGAGCAGCUCAAAGACAAAGGGGUGCCCAUCACACGCCGGCUGCUGGGGGACACACACGUUGACGGCGGCGCGGCAGAUGGACCAGAGGCCCGACAGGAGAGGAGACAUGAGCAGGAGGCCAGGCCUGCAACCCCCACAGAGACAGACAGAGCCAGGUCUUCGUCUGAGUCUUCAUCAUCAUCUGAAGAAAGUGUCGACAUGCGAUUCUGAGCCGCCACCUUGAGGACGUGUUUCCUGAUUUGGCUUUUGUAAAUGCUGAGUGUUGAACCACUGUUUUAAACUAUGACAUGCAUAUAUUCCACUCAUCACAGGAGAGAUGAAAUAAGACUACAAGAACAGUAAAUAUUUUUGAAAUUCACUUUCAAUAAGAAUCAAACCAAUAAUUGUGUCGACUGUAUGAGAACAAAUCGUGUUCCUGACUAAGUCCGUUUGAUGUCAGCAGUAGGUCUACGUGUUGUUGAGCAUGUACAAUGAUUAGAAUAUUACCCAUACCCAUGUUCACCAAUGCCACCAAGAUUUAACUUCCUGUUAAUGUUUCCAGUAAUUAUAUUGUGUAUAUUAUCUAAUAUAAAACGUUUUUGUUUCCAUUUUUAAAAUUAAACCAUUUACAGAUCCCACAUCAAACAAAUAAAGAACAAAUGCCAUCUGUCUGAGGCUUUCAUCACAGGAAUCAAAUAAAUGUUGAAAAAAUAA